CAUCAUUUCACUCCUACAAAGCCAGACUACUUCUUGCUCUCCCCUACCUCCUGAAACAUACCAAAUCCAUCAAUUAUUGCUAAAUUACCACGCAAAUGGAAGCCAGUCAUGAAGAAAAACGCAACGCCUCCUUGAAGAGAGCCCUUCUCAUACUAAGCUGCGUACUCUUAUCAAUAGGCACAUGCGGAGGCCCUUUGAUAAUGCGCCUCUACUUCAUCCAUGGAGGUAAUCGUGUCUGGCUUUCCAGCUGGCUGGAAACCGGAGGCUGGCCAAUCAUCUUUAUCCCCAUAGCCCUAGCUUAUUACCACCGCCGCACCACUGAAGGCCCUUCAACAAAACUCUUCUUCAUGAAGCUCCCACUCUUCAUAGCUUCCGCCGUCAUCGGCCUAAUUACCGGCCUUGACGACUACCUCUAUGCCUACGGAGUGGCUCGCCUUCCGGUCUCCACGUCAGCCCUAAUCAUCGCUGCCCAGCUGGCUUUCACUGCCCUUUUUGCAUUUCUUCUUGUGAAGCAGAAGUUCACUUCUUACUCCACAAACGCCGUGGUCUUAUUGACUAUUGGCGCGGCCGUUUUGGGGUUGAACACCAGCGCCGAUCGGCCAAAGGGUGAGUCGGAUAAGCAGUAUAUUGCCGGGUUUUUGAUGACAGUGGCGGCGGCGGCUUUGUACGGGUUUGUGUUGCCGUUGGUGGAGUUGACAUACAAGAAGGCCAAGCAGACCAUUACUUAUGCUUUGGUUCUUGAGAUUCAAAUGGUUAUGUGUUUGUUUGCUACUAUUUUCUGCACUGUGGGGAUGCUUAUCGACAAUGACUUCAAGGUUAUUCCAAGAGAAGCAAGAAAUUUCGGGCUUGGGGAAGGCACCUACUAUGUGGUGCUUGUAUUGAGUGCAAUUGUUUGGCAAACUUUCUUUCUGGGAGCCAUAGGAGUCAUCUUCUGUGCCUCAUCCUUACUCUCUGGUAUUGUAAUUGCGGUUCUGCUCCCAAUUACAGAGAUUCUAGCUGUCAUUUUUUACCACGAAAAAUUUCAAGCAGAAAAAGGGGUUGCUCUCGCACUCUCUCUGUGGGGUUUUGUCUCAUAUUUCUAUGGUGAGAUAAAAUACAGCAAGCAAAGAGAAAAUGAAAAGAAAAAUGAAAAAGAAAGAGAAAUAGAAAUAGAAAAGAGAGACACCCCAGAAACAGCAGACGUUUCUCGACUCGAUCCCUAGGCCAUGAAAACGCAAGCUGUUGUCUCAUGUCUUCUUUUUUGUUGGAGUUUCUGAAGGAGGGAAAAGGGAACACGUCAUAUGGACGGCAACACUCAAUUUAUCAUUUAUGUACUGUUUGUUUUAUUGUUAUUUUCCGAUGAUAUUCAUAUCUUUGUCGAGUUGAAAAUUAUUAGUUAGUAAUUAAAGAUUGUAUGUACAUAGAAAAGGGAACAUGUCGUCAUUCCCUUAAGCUUUAAUAAUUGUACAUGGGUUUGAUUAUGAAAACAAAUCUCAGCCAUCCCAAUACUUUAUCAAAACAGCAGGCCAUGAC